AUGGCGUACCUGAACAAAAAGAAGCGGUACAAGUUCGGGGUGCAGAUCUGCCUCGAGGAGCUGACUGAGGUGCCGUUCGUGUCGGCCGUGCUCUUCGCGAAGGUGCGACUGGACGGCGGCAAUUUUGUGGACUAUUCCAGCAGGGAAGAAGUCCGCGAGCACGCGGUGCGGUGGAACUCUGAAUUCUCGUUCGUGUGCAAGAUGUACGCGAACGCCAACACUGGAGUACUCGAGCCGGCCAAACUGAGAGUCUCCGUGCGUAAGGAGUGCAAAGGUGGUCGUUCAUACCAGAAGCUGGGCUUCUGCGACAUGAACCUCGCGGAGCUGGCUGGAUCAGGGGAGACGACGCGUCGCUGUCUCCUCGAGGGCUACGACAAUAAGCCGCGUCAGAGGCAGGACAACUCCGUGCUGAGGAUACGCAUCAAGAUGAACAUGAUCUCUGGGGAUCCACUCUUUAAAGUACCUGAAAGUAAACAAGAAGUGACAGAGAGUCGAGCUACAGGCCCAACUGUCGACAACGGGACUGAAAAUGCGCCAGCGCAGGAUGAUGACUGCGGGUCGUCUACGGCCAGUUCGGGUUUCGGUUCUCUUACCAAGAAGAAGAAUUAUGACGGUAGUCAUUCGCAGCCGUUAUCGUCGCUCCCGUCUUGUGAACUACCCUCGCCUGAGAACGAGGAACCGCCGACGUCCUUGGCGGACUGUCCAGGUCUGACGGUCCUGACCGGUUCCUGUGCGGAAUGCCAGCAACAGCAGCAUACGCAUUCCAGAAAUUCCUCGAACACGUCUGGUGAUAUGAGCAGCAAGGCGUCUGGUUACGGCAGUUCUGUGUCGGCUGCGUCGGCGCACUCGCGUCAGAGCUCAGAGGGAGACUCCGCCCCCGAUCGACCGCACCAUAAUAGUGUGCGCGUAGAGCGAACCACGAGGACGAGGACCACGCUGUACGUCCCCCGAUCGGGCUGCAAGCACGCGGGACGCCUCACCAAGCUCGUGAUCGAGCGGACGCUCACAGACACCUCCGACCUCUACCUCUCCCCCCCACUCUGA